AUGAAGGAGAAGCACAAGAAGGUCGAGUACGCGGAUGAGGCGGACAAGGAGGCGAAGGGGGAGGCCGCCAAGGAAACAGCGGCGAAGGAAACAGCGGCGAAAGAGGACGGAAGCACUAUAUUUGUGAAUAACCUCCUAACGAGCAUUAACAACAUUAACAGCGCAAUCGUUUACAAGGACAACCGGUACAUCCUGCGAAUGCUCAAGUAUAUUAAAUGCAUGCGGCUGAGCAUAAAAAACGAAAGCGCCACACUCAUGCCGAUUAUGAUCAGCCUGAUUAGCAAAACGUUUAAGGAGGGCUACCCAAUUUACGAAAUACUAGCCAAGUACAUAGACGAAUUUAGAGAGCUGCCAAAGGAAGUCCCCGAUUUUUUAAAUAUAAACGAAAAAACGUAUACGCAUGCAGCUCCAGAGAUAGAGGUCUUCUUCUACAUAAUGGUACUGCUCUACCUGCUGGAUAAUAAAUGCUACAAUGAAGCAAUGGAUCUCUCCACCGUCAUUGUAAAUAGGAUUACCAAAUUGAAUAGAAGAUCGCUAGACUGUAUGAAUGCAAAGGUGUAUUUUUAUUUCUCGUGGGUCCACGAAUUAGGUGGGAAACUCUCUCAAGUUAGGCAGAAGCUGCUCUACAUAUAUAGAAAUGCAUGCCUUCAUAGAGACAUCAUGACGCAGACAGUAGUCCUGAAUUUAAUCCUAAGGGAUUAUUUAAAACAUAACCUGUACGAUUUGGCGGUGAAAUUUGUAAGCAAGACGUCCUUUCCGGAAAACUCCUCAUCAAAUGCACAGCACGCUAGGUACCUAUACUACAUUGGCAAGAUCCUAGCCAUCCAGCUAGACUACAGUGAGGCACAUAGCAAAAUUACCCAGGCUAUUAGGAAAGCUCCACAGAACAUCCAAAGUGCAAAGGGGUUCAAAUUAGAAGCCACCAAAAUGGAAAUCAUAGUAGAAUUGCUCAUGGGAGAUAUACCCGAUAGAUCCCUCUUCAGCAACAAAAUUAUGAGGAACAAGCUCAUCCCGUAUAAGCACGUAGUCACAGCCGUUCGCAAUGGAGACAUAAACAGAUUUGCCAAAGUCAUGAAUGACUAUAACCAGUUGUUCAUGCGUGAUGGGGUCUACCUGCUCAUAAAGCGCAUCCACCACAAUGUGAUUAAGACGGCCCUCCGCAUCAUCAACCUUUCCUACUCCCGGAUUUCGAUCGUAAGUGUGGGCUCCCCGAGCGACAUCGGGAAGAAGAUCGGCGUGGAGUCCCCCCUGGACAUCGUGGGCAUCACGGCCAAGGCCAUCCACGACGGAGUCAUCGAAGCCACCAUCGACUACGACAACCUCUACGUGGAAUCAAAGUCAAACAGCGACGUCUACAUAACGAGUGAUCCCAUGAAAACCUUCCACAAGCGAAUAGCCUUCUGCUUGCAGCUCUACUCAGAUGCAGUUAAGGCGAUGCAAUAUCCAGACGAAAAUGAAAAAAAGGAAAAUGAGGAGGCCAAGGAAAGGAAGAUCAGACAGCAGGAGGAGCUGGCGCAGGCCGAGGAGGGGGACCUCGGAGACGACAACGAUUUGUUGUAAAAAGGGUUUUUUCCUGUCGAACUGAGAUAUGCCCCCUGCCUGCAGUUGUGUUGGCGUUUUAAUAUACACUUCAUGGGUGUGCCCAUUUUUUUUUUUUUUUUCCUUCCCUUUUUUUUAAAAAAGUGUUGCCCCUUUGGUGUAACCUCCCUCUCCAGUGCGUAUCACUCUAUAAUGUGAUUAUGCACAGUAGCGUACGUAGGUGUGCCCCUGCACGCAC